GUGGUCAUCUCUUUACCACACCAUUCAAUGGCUCAAAGUAUUUGUUAAACGCAUUGAAUCGCAUCCAAAGUGAUAUAAUUGUCGCCCAAUUGUCACCAUUUGCGAAAAAUCCAAACACAAAAAGUCGCGGCUUUUGAUCGCAUCUGAAAAAGUGAUGUCUGUUUGAGAGACUGAUCCACACGUUUUGUUUUGGGCCACCAAUUGAUCGCCGCUUAAGACAUCCGCCGUAACGACAGACACGACACCAAAACACACAGACAUCUAAGCCAUGGGCGACUCGUUUGACGACAAUAUCAAUGACUUGCCGUUUAAGUUGCGGUUCACGUCUUCGCAGAAGCUCUGCAAAGAGGUCCAGAAGAUGAUCGCCGAGCGGUACGACGUGUUGGACAAAUUGGCCAAUGAGUACGAGACCAUUGGUCAACACAAACACAUACUCGCCAACAUUAAGUCAGACCUCGAGUCGUGUAACCAAUCGUUGAAACAAUUGCGGUCUUUAUGUCAGUGUCAGAGCGACGACGACAAGACGGCCGUCAAUAAGCAGCUGUCGGCUCACGAGGAAGCGUUGGCCAAACUGGUGGUGAAAUGCGAUUGCAUUCAAACGGUCAAAAUGGUGGACAUCGGUGUGAAACGGUUGCCCUCCAACUGGAGGGCGGCGAUGCUUAAGAUCGCCAGAGAUAAGGCCAAGAAGUCCUUUCACGACACGAACGCCGCCGAAGAGGAGGCCAUGGAUACCGACGCUAAGGAUGACGAAUCACUCAACAAUAAGAAUAACGAAGAGAUGAAUGAGAAGAUGAUUAGCACAGAGGCGGAGGAAAUGAGCCAUCAGUUUGAGAUCGAUUUGGAGCGCAAGAUAUAUGAGACCCAAACGGAAGAGUUGAUGGCAAUGGUGCAGAUGCUGGUCAUGCGGAUGAAGACAAUGAGAGCGCGCAUCGAUGUCUCCAAACAGUUGAUUAAAGUGGUGCUGAAGAUGAAGAGGGAGUACGAGUCGGCCAACUCUAAGCUGAAGGAAGGGAUGGCGACCUGUCAUUGCGCCGAAGCCGGCGCUGACGACGACCCGGAGUUCGUGACGCGAAUGCAAGACAAGAAACAGUUGGAAGAGUCGAUCGAGAGUGUGAGCGCUGACCUCAAGUACUGGGAAGAGCAGUACGCGAUCCUCAAAGAGGCCAAGAAUAAGGCCGACACCACUCCCGAAGUGAAGAGCGAAAUGAACGCCACCGUCAAUACGACGACCGCCACCACUACUGUUGUCGAAGUGGCCAAUGAGGAGGUGGUCGGCGGCCAUCACUAUCACCAAUCCAUGGCGUCCACGUCGUCGCAACAGUCGUGUAUGUUUGCCGGACAGCAGCCAAUACUCGGUCAUUCCCAAGGAACGGCAAACCCGGCGGUGAUAUACUUGGAGGGACUGGUAUCGCAUCAACAGCCGACAUACAUUCCCGCCUCGAGUAUACAUCAGCCGAUAGGCGUAUACCCGCACACCUACUCUAUAGGACAUCCGCACCACUCGUACGCCCAUCAGGCGCCCGAUGGCUCCAUACAGGUGUACAGCACCGACAUCUCAUCGCAUCCCGGAUAUAUCGCUUACCAGUAG